CCUGGGUCUUCGGUACGAUGAGCGAACGCUUUAGCCACUAGGCUACCACCCACCCCACCCCCAUUUUCAUAUUGCGUGUUACGUUACAGUGGUAUGUUAUUAGAUGACAGAGAUUGUCAUAUUGUCACAUUUUGAUGUUGCGUGUCACGUCACAGUGGUGUCUCCUCAGAUGGAGAUUGUCAUAUUGUCGCAUUUUCAUGUUGCGUGUCACGUCACAGUGGUGUCUCUUCAGAUGAGGGAGAUUGUCAUAUUGUCACAUUUUCAUGUUGCGUGUCUCGUCACAGUGGUGUCUCCUCAGAUGAGGGAGAUUGUCAUACUGUCACAUUUUGAUGUUGCAUGUCACAUCACAGUGGUGUCUCUUCAGAUGAGGGAGAUUGUCAUAUUGUCACAUUCUGAUGUUGCGUGUCACGUCACAGUGGUGUCUCUUCAGAUGAGGGAGAUUGUCAUAUUGUCACAUUCUGAUGUUGCGUGUCACGUUACAGAUGACCCUGAUGCCAGGACAGGACCGUUCCCCAUAGAGAAGUUGUCGCCUACGACUCGACACAACCUGCACUCAAUGAUUGACAUACUAGCUUCAGGUGAAGCCACUCUGGAAAAAGAUGACACAGGAAAAGUGACAGUGGCCUACAAAGACACACGGAAAAUUCCCGUUUUGAGCCAUGUGGACAAAUCAAGAAGCAAUGUGAUACACGUAUCAAAGACUGACAAAGAUCGCCAGAACCAGGUGAAAGUGUGCCUAGAAAUGAUAGACUUCAUAAAGACCAACAGGGCCCCGAAAGGUGUGGACUUUGAUCAGACAAAGGUCAAACUCAGCACAACUGGUAAAUAUCGUGAAGGUCAUGAGUUUACCAAACUGCUGAAGGAGAUUCUGGGUAAGGGAGCCACUGCUGGAGAUAUAGUGGUCGUCAAGGACACCGAGACUGGCACCGAGCAUGCUCAGAAAACAGUGAUGAUAUCCGACUUUCGGACUGAUGAGGUUCGGGCAUGGGUGGAUCUGCAGGAAUUGAAACUGGAGGGAGAAGCCUUGUGUCCAGCUUUGUUUUGUUUCUAUCUGCAAGAUAAUGAGAUCUUCUUCCACAUGGAGAAACUGGAUAGAGCUAUAACCCUUCGAGAUGUUAUUGACAGUCAUAUGCAGAAGAUAAGAGAUGAAGAGCCAAGCCUAGUCCGUCCCUUCUCGCUCUACAUCUGCCAUGGACUUCUGUCUGCUGUGAGUCUCAUCCAUGACAAGAACUGGACGCAUCGAGAUCUGCACGCUGGAAACGUGAUGGUGCAGGAGAAGAACCACAAGUUGUCCCUGAAGGUGCUGGACUUUGGGAAGGCUCAUCCCUUACGUGGGGAAUCUUAUGACCUUCGGGGUGAACUAGAUGACAUCUACCAGAUCAUCCGUCUGUUCAGCGCCAUCUAUGUAGGAGACGAGUUCGAAAGUGCCAAGCACAUGAAAGACAGCUAUAAGCAAAGUGAACUUAUCGAAACAUUAUCUUCAGAUGAUAAAAAGGAGAUGUUUCAGCUGAUUGAUGCAUUAUUAUGUGUUGCUGAGAGUGAACACAAGAUGGACAAUGCUUUAAAAGAAUUAGAAACAAAGAUGGAGAGCACAGAUAUCCAUGACAUGCUGAAGAAAGUGGCAGCUAUUCUGUUCCGUGAAUCUGAUUACAAGUCCUUACACGAGAACGACCUUGGAGUAAAGUCCGAGAGGGAGAGGAUGUGUGUGACUCAGUCACUGAUCUGAGCGAACGAGCUGCAAGCAUCCCAGAUGACUUCAUCAGUGAACUACGUCUUGGCAUCAAAGUCCGAAGCAUGAUGUAGAUAUUCGCAGCUCAUGGCAUCACCUGCAGACUAUGACGCCUGCCAUUCAACUCAUGUCAACCAGGAAGUGGUGAAAAGCAGCCAAUCUGUGGUAUAUCUUGACUACUUUUUACUGAAUGUGAUAUUGUCCACUGGAAGUCUCCAAGGAGUAGAUACAUAGAGGUCAGUGCAACAUGAAUGAGAAGAUCUUGCCACCAAGGGGUCUGUAACUCCAAUGUUUUGAAGUGGACUUAACAUAUUCACAGCUCUAGUCAAUACUUCCUAAGGCUUUGUUACAACUGUAGUGGUUCACGUAACAACAGUGAAGUUUUUAGUGAAUAAGUGAUACUUCUGUUUUACAACAGUCUGGUCCUGUAACAGUCACAUGUCCUUGUUACAACAGUCUGUCCUGUAACAGUCACAUGUCCUUGUUACAACAGUCUGGUCCUGUAACAGUCACAUGUCCUUGUUAUAACAGUCUGUCCUGUAACAGUCACAUGUCCUUGUUAGAACAGUCAGGUCCUGUAACAGUCACAUGUCCUUGUUACAACGGUCUGGUCCUGUAACAGAUACAUGUCCUUGUUACAACAGUCUGGUCCUGUAACAGAUACAUGUCCUUGUUACAACAGUCUGGUCCUGUAACAGAUACAUGUCCUUGUUACAACAGUCUGGUCCUGUAACAGAUACAUGUCCUUGUUACAACAGUCUGGUCCUGUAACAGAUACAUGUCCUUGUUACAACAGUACUACAACUUUUGAUUUCUCAGCAAGGGCUAAUGAGAACAUGAUUAAAGUUCUUUCAUUAUAAUCUUCUUGCAUCAGUUUGUUGAACUCCACCUUUUUGCCCAAAGUGUCCUUUUAAUCAUGCAUAAUCUUCAACAUGCAUGGUGUCUUUUAUAAGCAUUUAUAUCCGUUGUUGAUAAUCAUGGGUACUUUAUUCCAUCAAUCAUAUUUGAAUGGUGCUAAUUUAAGAGUUUUCUAUGAUGGCCUUUACACCACAGUCCAUCUGAAUAUAUCUACAGAUUACAACACGUGGUCAUAUACUGUUGAAGGUCUGAGUGUAUUGUCCAUGUUAGUGAGCCAACCAAAGACAGCAGACAUACUUAAAACCAUUUUGUGAUUUUACUGGCUCUUCUUUUAGAUACAGUAAACUAUGUUUGUAAUGAACACACAUAUAAUGAACUCACAGAUACACGGAACCGUGUUUUCGGUUCCCUGACACUUGGUGUAUAUUUUACUUGGAAGACGAACUACAGUUCCUUUGGGUUCGUUGUAACCAUAGUUUACUGUCAGAGAGCUUAUUUGAUAAGGAUUGGUAGUGUAGUUUUAUAGUUGCUGUUUGACACUACUUGUAGGAUCUGGACCAGAUAGUUCCUUGUGAUAUUCUGCAAAGAACCUUUCUGUCAGGAUGUGAUAACACACUGUCAUCCUAGUCAUAGAGCCUAGCCUCCUGAUUCCUGAAGUUAUCUCUCAAGCUAUAAGUUUAGAUUUCUGUAAGAGAUUUCUGUUUCACCAGCGAUACAAGGUUGAUGUUCACAGUGAUGCAACCAGACUCAAGAAUUCAUGGACUAAAUGUUCAGUAAACAGUUUGACGUUAUUUAGUUAGUCUUAAUGUUUGGUCAAGGAUAUGUCAUUCACAAUUCAUCAAUGACUUACUGUUCACGAAUGAAUUUUUCAUUUUCUCAAAAUAUGUUUUUCAGGGGUUUUUUUCUGGUACUUUAAAUGUCUGGGUGAUUAAAACAGUUAAAAGUGUAAAACUGGUCUCAGAUUGCUGUGGCAUGUUGUACUUGGUGAACUGUAUCAGUAUUCUAUCACAAUCACGUGAUUACACUAGCCUUGGUAGAAGCAUUGCUUCUAUGCAUUUACGCAAUAACGUGUGAUGACUGUAUUGGUAUACCUGUAUACUGCUAUGUUUUUAUGAUGAUGUAUAUCGCAAUAUUUUGUUUUGUUUUGGUGUGUUGGGUAGAAACUGUACUGCAAGUUUCCUUAUUAUUGGUAUCAUUUGCCAUAAAGUCUAUACAGAAAUUCAUUCUCAAAUUUGAGAAGUCACGAGUGAUUUUUCUGUUAGGGUGGCAUCGACUGACAGUACUUACUUUGGUGUAAUGAUAUUUAAUUUAGUAUGUAGAAUAUAAGAUGUACAUGUACAGUGUCAGUCCCUGCUAAGUGCUGAAGUACCUAAUUUUUAAAUUUAUCCCAUCUCACGGUAUGCACCUCUCUUCUUCUUCUAUGACCAUGUGUGGAAAUGUGCUGAGCGAUCUGCACGCUUAUUGAGAUGAUUGACUGGUACUGCUAUCAGAGUUGGGGCAGAGGUCAGGUGGUCAGAGGCCGGAAGUUUUGAUUCAACUUAGCCUACAGCACGUUUCCACACAUGGUCGUAGAAGAAGAAGAGAGGUGCAUACCGUGAGAUAGGAUAAGCAUAUAAAUAUACAAUUUAUAGUAAAAUUUCCAAAUAUAUUACUAAACAAUGUUUUUCGUAGUUUGGUUGGGGGGUGGGGGGUGUUAACCUAGUGGGUUAGAGCUUUCUCUUGUAAAUUCCCCACAUUGGUAUAAUAUGUGAAGCCCAUUUUUGGUGUCCCCUGCCAGGAUAAUGCUGGAAUAUUGCUAAAAGCGGCAUACUUACACGUACUCAUUUAUUUCUUUUGUCAACAAAAAUCUAUGCUCGAACCCUGCUGUUUCUGUAAGAUGAAUAGAAAAUAGACAUGCAAGCAGACUUCGUUUCAUAUUAAGGCCUCCAUUAGGGCAUGACAGUGUUUGUGUUCCUCAUGCCUUGUAUUCUGAAGUGUAACCAAUUGUGACAUGUUUUGUCUUGUAACUCAAAAUUGUGCUGGUUGUACUUGCACAGAAUUUAGUGAGUUGCUAUUUCAGUUUUGGGCUGGUAAUUAUCCUUUGUUGAAGUAAAUACUAGUAACACAAGUGGUAUACUGGUAUUUCUUCAUAAGAUUCUGAUACAUAUCCACCUGUGUGGAUUUCUUGUUUUUGUAUUUUGUUGUUUGAAAAUAUAAUAUUAUAACUUUCUCUGAAAUUCAAUGUUAAGCCCUACAGGGUAGGAGGUUUGUUUCUAGUGCAGGGCAGAAAGGUUACAGAUAUUCUUUAUAGAAGUUGUUCAAGUAUGCUGUUUCAGAAAUACAUGUAUUGCCCCUUCAUAAUUUUGAGGUUUAAAAUUAUUUUUUUGAUUUUAGUUUGUUGUAACAUCAUGGAUUCAUAUAUGUUCCUGAUACAACCGACCAUUUUACUGUUUUGUGAAUUUAUUGGAUAAUUUAUUCUAAAUGUACCUGAUAAUUGAGUUUAUAUUUUAUCACAAAACCUGAAUCACAGAAUGGUCACAAAAGUCUACAUGUAUUGUUUGAUAGGAUCUCUGCCAUAUGACUGGCAGCCCACAAGAUCUGGGUCCACUUGUACUAAGCUAUCUUAGAGCUACGAUGAUCGUUACUCCUAUACUAACAUAGACUUAAGAUAAUCACAGCGCAAAGAUCACUUCGCGCUGGUCAGCUGAAAGUAAGCAGAAGGUGGCCAGUUGCACUGAGAAGUCCAUUUCUCUGAGUAUACAGAUGAAUAACUUUCAUGUAUGUUUUGUCAUCAGUAGAAUCUAUUCAUCCAAGGUAGGGAUUCAUCAGAUGAAAUAAACAUAUCAUUAGUUGUUGGGCAGUUACUUUGGGAGUGUCCAAUGUUUUUAUUUCAGUAGCCUUUGUAACCAGUAGGAAAAUGCUUGCAUCUGAAAGAAAGUUGAAAAUGAGGUUGCACCAUUUAUGUGUAUUUAUAUCUGUACAUUUUUGUACAUCUGUUGAUUUUAGGUCUAAUGUUAUUUCUUGAUAUGUUGCAUCUCCUCGAUUCCAUGACAAGUCAACAUUAUGUUCUUUGGGAUUUUUGUUUUGUUUUUGUCUUAUUCAUAGUAUUUAUGUCCACUUGACUGAAUUUAUUUUAGACUUUGAAUUUACUUUAGAGUUUAGACUUGGCUUCACAGAAAUCAAAUGAUUCUUGUUGAUUACAAAAGCAACUCAUCUUGUCCUACUUCAUUGUUUCUUAGAAGAGUUAAAACAAUCUGCAGAACAGUGCUAAUGAUUUCAUAACAUUACUUUAGUUUUAGUUUUCUUUUGUUUUCUUCAGUGUUUGUCUGUAGUCUGAAACUUUGCAUACAUCGUGAAGUAAUGAUGUUUCUUAUCGUUGCUAACAUGGCUGUAACAAGGUAGUAGACAUGGCCACUUUGGCAGCCAUAUUGAAAAUGUUGAAAAUUACAAAAGUUAUUGUUCCAUUUAAAAUUAUUAGGUUAUGUAUAAAUAAAGAUGAAUAUGCAAUGUCAUUUUGCGGCGGUGGCUGAGUGGGUUAGAUCAUUGACUUUGUGUGUUUGGAUAAGGUGCCUGACUCUGAGAGUGUGCUUUUGAAUCUCAUAUUUAAGUCAAACCCCAGAGUUCUAGAAUUUGUACUUAACCAAGAAAUGAACUCCCAAAUGUAACAUAUGUUAUAUACAUCAUAAAGAUGUUUUCAUCUUUUGGCCCUAUUAUGACCUUGAACCUUCACAAAACCUUAAUAUACUGUACUAAUUCACUUUUAGCUUGUAAACAAGACUUUUAGUUCUAGUUGUCAUUUUCAUAGACUACCAAAAUCUAGUCAUGGACUAGAGUGAUCCAGUGACAAAACCUUGAGUCAUAUGCUGGUGUAUGUAAUUGUUCAUAUCAUAUUCACUUAUGAGUUAUAAGUAUUCAUGUGUCUAGUCCAAAUUUUCAUUUAUAGUGCUGUGGUGCAUCAGAAUAUACUGAAAGGUGUAAGCUGUAAGUUUGUUUUUUAUGUUAUUUUCCUUUGUUUUUGCAAUAUGUGUUUGUUUAUUCCUCACCAGCAAUGAAUAUCACCUUUUCAGAGAUUUAGUACACUAUUUAAGAAUGCCUGAUACAAUUGGUUGUAUCCAUUAGACAACUGUAGAUGUCACGUAGGCAAGUUGGAAGUGACAGACCACUUCUAAUUGUAAUACAUUGGCAUUUCAAAGAGGUUUUCCACUCCUGUUUCCAUUUGUGAGUACCAAUCUAGCAUUAAGUCUCUGUAUUACUUCAUGUAUUCGCAAUGAUAAAGCUAACAGGCAGCAUUUUUACAGAAACAGGGCCAAGAUACAGGGAACCUUUAUGAAAAUACUACUAAGAUAAAGAAUACUCUAUGCCAAUACACUAAAAUACAGGAAUACUUUAUGACAAUACACUAAAAUACAGGAAUCCUCUAUGACUAUACACUAAAAUACAGGAAUCCUCUAUGACAAUACACUAAAAUACAGGAAUCCUCUAUGACUAUACACUAAAAUACAGGAAUCCUUUAUGACAAUACACUAAAAUACAGGAAUCCUUAAUGAUAAUACACUAAAAUACAGGAAUGCUUUAUGAAAAUACACUAAAAUACAGGAAUCCUUUAUGACAAUACACUAAAAUACAGGAAUCUUCUAUGACAAUAUGGGGCGGUGGGGUAGCCUAGUGGCUAAAGCGUUGGCUCUUCACGCCGAAGACCCGGUAUCGAAUCCCCACAAGGGUACAUUGUGUGAAGCCCAUUUCUGGUGUCCCUCGACGUGAUGUUGCUAGAAUAUUGCUAAAAGUGGCGUAAAACCAAACUCAGGCAGUCAGUCUAUGACAAUACACUAAAAUACAGGAAUCCUCUACUGCUUGUGCAGUUAUCAAGAACAUGUUUGUUUAGCCCAGUGACUUUCUUCUGUAGUGUGUUUCCUGUCAUCUUCCUGAAAAAAUGUAAUUUGUGUAACCUUGCAUAAUUGAACCCUAGCUCUCCAGGAUUGUUAUCUUUAGUAAUGGUUUGGAUUAAUCUCUAGAUGUUUCAACUGUUUGGUGGAGUAUCUGGUGUCUGGGCUGGUCCCUUUCCAUAUCUUGUCAUUAAUAUAUUUAUGCACUUUUAUCCAGACCAUGUGAGAAUUGUAAUAAAACAAAUUCAAGAA